AAAUUUUGAUAGUCACUUUUGUUUAGAUAUGUUUAAGUCCGUGCGAGCCGUGUCGUUGCCUCUUUUGCCCCAGGGUCGAGCAAAAUGCUGGUGGCUAGUUCGCUGUACCAUGCGCUGCACGCCCCCAAAUCGAGAAGUGAGUUAUAUGAGCUACCGCCGCCAGGGCUGGCGCCCAUGCCUGAUGCUCUGGCUCAGUGGCCUCCGCUCGCGCUACUGCAUGUGGAAGCUGCGCCGCGCACUGGGCCCCGAUUUCGACGAAUUCGAUUUUCUGAUGGGCGUGCGACAGGCGGCCACCCUGAUGAUCGAGGCGGUGCGCCUGGCGAAUUGGAGCCGCAUCCGCAGCUGCUGCACGGAUCAGGGCGCCUGCGCCAUUUACGGGCUCACGCAGAGCCAGCGCAACCUGCAGUACACGAAGCUGGUGCGCUUCGAGAGCCAGCACCUGUGCCAGGUGGUGCCCAUUUCCGUGCAGCGCCUGGUCGAGAGGGGACGCAAUUAUGUGUAUGCGAAUAUCAUGUUUGUGGGCCUUCGCGACUUGUGCGACUUUGCCAGUUCCGGGGAGCAGCAGGAGAUGCUGCAACAGAUUAGGGACGUGCUGCAGGAGUCGCAGAUCCCCGAGCCAAUCGCACCGACCCAUCGCCGCAUCGUUCUGGGCGAGUUUCUGCUGACCCUGCGCAAAGAGAUAGCCGAUCCCAAACGCAACAACGAUGACGAGCCCAAGGACUGGCUGGUAGACUCGUAUAACAUAUUUGGCGUAAAGCUGGUCAACUAUAGUCCCGUAACGUUGCAGUAUCGUAUCAUUGAGUUCCUAAAACCAGUUUGAAUUCCACGUCUGCUCAGCUCGCCCACCCAUUAACCGUUCGGUCACCUCUUAUCAAUUAAUGUUAUUCUCACUACGUGUUGCUUCCAAAACUCGUGCCUUACAUCCAAAUGAAUAAAUAUGUACUCUCA